GCAGGAAGCCGGGCUGCUUCUCCACUGUGCACUGCCUUCCUUCUCCUGCGUGUCUGUCUGUGAGAAGCAGCUAGCCCCAGGGAGAGGAUGGAGCCUGCUGAGUACAGAGAGAGAGGAAGAGAGAUGGUGGAUUAUAUCUGCCAGUACCUGAGCACUGUGCGGGAGAGGCAGGUGACUCCAGACGUGCAGCCAGGCUACCUUAGAGCUCAGUUACCUGAGAGUGCUCCUCAAGAGCCAGACAGCUGGGACAGCAUCUUUGGGGACAUUGAGCGGAUCAUCAUGCCUGGGGUGGUCCAUUGGCAAAGCCCUCAUAUGCACGCCUACUACCCGGCCCUAACCUCUUGGCCAUCCCUGCUAGGAGACAUGCUGGCUGAUGCCAUCAACUGCUUAGGAUUCACUUGGGCUUCCAGCCCUGCGUGCACUGAGCUGGAGAUGAACGUCAUGGACUGGUUGGCAAAGAUGCUGGGACUUCCAGAGCACUUCCUGCACCACCACCCUGGGAGCCAGGGGGGCGGCGUCUUGCAGAGCACCGUCAGCGAGUCUACCUUGAUCGCCUUGCUGGCAGCGAGGAAGAACAAAAUCCUGGAGAUGAAACUAUCUGAGCCUGAUGCGGAUGAGUCCUCUCUGAAUGCCCGCCUCAUUGCCUAUGCCUCUGACCAGGCUCACUCCUCAGUGGAGAAGGCUGGCUUGAUUUCCCUUGUGAGGAUGAAAUUUCUGCCUGUGGAUGACAACUUCUCACUCCGAGGGGACGCUCUUCAGAAAGCCAUCAAUGAAGACAAGCAGCAGGGCUUGGUGCCUGUCUUCGUCUGUGCAACACUAGGAACAACUGGGGUCUGUGCAUUUGACAGGCUGUCAGAGCUGGGCCCCAUCUGUGCCAGUGAGGGCCUGUGGCUCCACAUUGAUGCUGCUUAUGCAGGCACUGCCUUCUUGUGUCCAGAGUUCCGGGACUUCCUGAAGGGCAUUGAGUAUGCUGACUCCUUCACCUUCAAUCCUUCCAAGUGGAUGAUGGUGCACUUUGACUGUACUGGUUUCUGGGUCAAGGACAAGUACAAGCUGCAGCAGACCUUCAGUGUGAACCCCAUCUACCUCAGGCAUGCCAACUCAGGUGCCACCACUGAUUUCAUGCACUGGCAGAUCCCCCUGAGCCGGCGGUUUCGUUCUAUUAAGCUCUGGUUCGUGAUUCGGUCCUUUGGGGUGAAGAAACUUCAGGCACAUGUCAGACACGGUACGGAAAUGGCUAAAUACUUUGAAUCUCUGGUCAGAAAUGAUCCCUUCUUUGAAAUUCCGGCCAAGAGACACCUUGGCUUGGUGGUUUUCCGUCUAAAGGGUCCUAAUUGUCUCACAGAAAGUGUGUUAAAGGAAAUAGCCACAGCUCGCCAGCUCUUCCUCAUCCCAGCUACUAUCCGGGACAAGCUGAUUAUCCGUUUCACUGUGACAUCCCAGUUUACCACCAAGGAUGACAUCCUGAGAGACUGGAACCUCAUCCAAGAUGCUGCUACUCUUGUCCUGAGUCAGCACUGCACUUCUCAACCUAGUUCUCAUGGCAGGAGCCUCCCUAUGAUCAGGGGUUCCAGAGCCAUGGCCAGUGGAAUAUCCCUGGAGUCUGUCAAUGAGGGAGGGGAUGACCCAGCUCAGGCUAGGAAGAUUAUUAAACAGCCCCAGCGGGUGGGAGCCACUCUGGUGAGAAGGGAAGGUAGCUGCCAUCUUGAAACCCUGCUGGAUCCCCUUGAUGACUGCUUUUCAGAAGAAGCUCCCGACGUCACCAAGCACAAGCUAUCCUCCUUCCUGUUCAGUUACUUGUCCACGCAGAGAAAGAAGAAGACGGUACGCUCCCUCAGUUGCAACAGUGUGCCUGUGAGUGCUCAGAAGGCAAUGCCAACAGACGGGUCUGCAAAGAAUGAGGGCUCCUCCCGGGUCAGAAUCUUUUCCAGGUUUCCAGAAGAAAUGAUGAUGCUGAAGAAAAGUGCCUUCAAGAAGCUCAUCAAGUUUUACAGUGUUCCCAGCUUUCCUGAAUGCGGCUCUCAGUGUGGGCUCCAGCUACCCUGCUGUCCUCUGCAGGCCAUGGUGUAGACAGGUGUCUUUAGUUAAAGUCCAAGGAGUCUUCAGGGAAUCUGUGAAUCCCUCAAAAUUGUGUUCAGAACAUGUGUGCUUAUGUGUAUGUGCAUUUGGGGCCAGCAAAUAUAUAAUUUUGAUCAUUUCCUCAAAGGGGUUCAUGACCCAUCAUGGGAUGUAAGUGGAAAAUUUAAGCCCAUAUGAUCAUAAGUCAGGAAGGGCCAAGGAUGGGGUAUUGAUAGGCAGUUUCUGUGGUUUAGCUUGUAACAUGAAAUACAGUCUUGAAAUAAA